AUGUUCCCCGUUAAAGGGCUGAGCGUCUCAGCCGACAAGCUCAAGGUCGAGCCAGGCGCCAUCGUGGGCACUGCCCCUGCUGCCCCAGCGCCUGCGUCGGCUCCCGCUGUCUCUUCUUCGAAACCAUCCAAGAAGAGGAAGAGGCAUGGCGGUGACAAGGACGUCAAUGUUGAUGCGUCCAAUUUGGUAGAUCUCUGGGAGAAGGUGAUUGAGCAAAAGAAAGAGGGGGUUGCUGAUGGUGUCAAGAAGCAUGAGAAUAAGCGGUUGAAGAAGGAACAUGAGGGUCAGGGUGAGAAGCUGAGCAACAGCAACAACGAUGGCAAUCAGGGGGAGCGGAAGAACAACAAGAAGAAGAAUAAGAACAAGAAUAAGAACCAGGGAGAGCAUGGCAUUCAGGUUGCACAGAAGAAGGGUCCCAAGAAGGUUGAGGGGGAGGAGGACGAGGACGACAACAACGACGACGCCGACGAGUGGGAGGGCAUUGAUGAGGACGAGAAGCAUGCUUCUUCUGAGAAGCCAACCCCCAAGAAGGACGACAAGAAGCAGCAACAGCUUCAACAACAGCAACAACAAAAGAAGCAGCAAAAAAACCAAGAAAAAGACAACCGCAAUGGCACCACCUCCAACUGGCAACAGGACAAACCGCAGCCCAAGACGGCUACUCCCGCACCCAAACUAACCCCUCUCCAAGCCUCUAUGCGCGAGAAACUCAUCUCCGCCCGCUUCCGUCACCUCAACGAAACCCUCUACACUCGCCCCUCGACCGAAGCCUUCAAGCUAUUCGAAGAGUCCCCCGAAAUGUUCACCGAGUACCACGAAGGCUUCCGUCGCCAAGUCGACGUCUGGCCCGAGAACCCCGUCGAUGUCUACAUCAAGGAGAUUAAAGAGCGGGCUAAGGUUCGGUUCGCUCCCAAGAUUAGCGGGGGAGCGGAAGGGGGAAAGAGUUUGCCUCCGGCAAGGUUCCCCCUGCCGAGGGACCAAAAGACAAAGGUGUGCACGAUUGCGGAUUUGGGUUGCGGCGAUGCCAAACUGGCGAAGACGCUCGUUCCUCUGAAACAGAAACUCCGUUUGGAGAUUCACAGUUUUGACUUACAGACCGGAGGAUGCGAGCUCGUCACGCGGGCGGAUAUCGCCAACCUGCCGUUGCCAGACAACUCCGUUGACCUGGCCAUCUUCUGCUUGGCGCUCAUGGGCACCAACUGGCUCGACUUUGUCGAAGAAGCGUACCGCAUUCUGCGCUGGCGCGGUGAGCUCUGGGUGGCCGAGAUCAAGUCUCGGUUUGCAGGCUCCCAGGCCAGAGUCAAGCAGCCCCCUCAAAAGAAGGUCGUUGCGCAUAGCGUCGGCAAGCGCAAGAAGGGCUCUGCCCUUGCUGUCGCAGAAGAAGAAGAAGGCGAUCCCGAACAAAACAACCUCGACCUUGCAGUGCACGUCGACGGCGACACCUCCAAGCUCAAGAAACCCCACGAAACGGACAUUACCGCUUUCGUUGAGGCCCUAAAACGUCGCGGCUUUUUGCUCAACCGCGAUUUUGGCGACAACUCCGUGGACAUGGGCAACAAGAUGUUUGUGCGGAUGCACUUUGUCAAGGCGGCGGUGCCGACGAGGGGGAAGUGCGUUCCGAAGGAUGGACAGGAAGAUACUACUAAGAACAAGAAGGGGGGCAAAAGCCAAAACCGAAGUUUAUUGAAGAGAAGGAUGAACAGGAAGAGGUGA